UCCGGAAGGCGGCGCGGGGCGGCGGCCACGCCCGGGAGGGACCUGCUCUGCGGCAGCGCGGCCGGCCCGAGCUAAAUAGAUGCUGAUGAAUGCUAAUGUAUGCUAAUCGAUGCUAACGAGGCGCGGAGGGGCCUCCGCGGGCCGCGCGCCGCCGAAGCCAACACCCCGCGGGACUCCGGGCGGCCGCCGGCGCCGCGCCGCCUCCCUCCGCCCCCGCACGGGGCGCCCACCGGCGGGAAGGGCCUCCCGGCCGAGGAGCCUCCUGCAGCCACCUGCCUCUGCCUGCCUGCUCCCCUCCCUGGGAGCCCCAGGGGCCUCCAUGGCUUCACCAACCCCUGCAAACCCAGCACAUGCCCACUUUGAGAGCUUCCUGCAGGCCCAGCUAUGCCAGGAGGUGCUGAGCAGCUUCCAGGGUCUGUGUGGGGCCCUAGGGCUGGAGCCUGGCGGCGGACUGCCCCAGUACCACAAGAUCAAGGCCCAGCUCAACUACUGGAACGCCAAGUCGCUAUGGGCCAAGCUGGACAAGCGAGCAGGCCAGCCUGUCUACCAGCAGGGCCAGGCCUGCAGCAACACCAAGUGCCUGGUGGUGGGUGCUGGGCCCUGUGGGCUGCGGGCUGCUGUGGAGCUGGCCCUGCUGGGAGCCCGUGUGGUGCUGGUGGAGAAACGCACCAAGUUCUCCCGACACAAUGUGCUGCACCUCUGGCCCUUCACCAUCCAUGACCUGCGGGCACUCGGCGCCAAGAAGUUCUAUGGGCGCUUCUGCACGGGCACCCUGGACCACAUCAGCAUCCGGCAGCUUCAGCUGCUUUUGCUGAAAGUGGCUUUGCUCCUGGGGGUGGAGAUCCACUGGGGUGUCACUUUCACUGGCCUCCAGCCCCCUCCCCGAAAGGGGAGCGGCUGGCGGGCCCAGCUUCAGCCCAACCCUCCAGCCCAGCUGGCCAGCUAUGAAUUUGCCGUCCUCAUCUCUGCUGCGGGGGGGAAAUUUGUCCCUGAAGGCUUCACUGUCCGAGAAAUGCGUGGCAAACUGGCCAUCGGGGUCACAGCCAACUUCGUGAACAGGCGGUCGGUGGAGGAGACGCAGGUUCCCGAGAUCAGCGGCGUGGCCAGAAUCUACAACCAGAAGUUCUUCCAGGGUCUGCUCAAAGCCACAGGCAUUGAUCUGGAGAACAUUGUGUACUACAAGGACGACACCCACUACUUUGUGAUGACAGCCAAGAAGCAGUGCCUGCUGCAGCUGGGCGUGCUGCGCCAGGACUGGCCGGAGACCGACCAGCUGCUGGGCAGCGCCAACGUGGUGCCAGAGGCUUUGCAGCACUUUGCCCGGGCUGCUGCAGACUUCGCUACCUGUGGAAAACUGGGGAAGCUGGAGUUUGCCCAGGACGCCCACGGGAGGCCUGACGUCUCUGCCUUCGACUUCACCAGCAUGAUGCGGGCAGAGAGCUCUGCGCGCGUGCAGGAGAGGCAUGGUGCCCGCCUGCUGCUGGGGCUGGUGGGGGACUGCCUGGUGGAGGUGAGGGGGUCGGGACGUUUCUACUGCCUCCAGCACCUGCCCCAGCCAGGCCUCAAAGAGGACGCCUGUGACAGAGGCCCCGAGAGGCAGGGCUCCCCCACACCGUCUGAGAACAGCAUGCCAUCGAGCCCCUCGGCCCCCACAGCUCCCCAGGAGGGGACCAGUCCUGUCCCAGGGCUCAGCCAGUCCGCCCGUCGGCUGAUCCGCCUUUCGAGCCCAGAGCGCCAGAGGCUGUCGUCACUCAGCCUCACCUCUGACCCGGACCCAGACCCUCCACCCAAGCCGCCCCGCAGCUGCCCUGCCUUGGGGCACCAGGCCCUGGAGGGCAGCCCUGUGGGCUGGGGCUUGGCCAUCCCGAUCCCUCAAGGUAAAGCUCUGCCCAGACCUGCUGACCAGGGUGGGGAUGGGGCAGGCGGC